UUUAAAAAUCAUUUUUAAGUAGAACCCGAUGAAAAUUCGACAAUUUUCCUCAUAAAUGUUGGUGAUUACGUCAAAAUAUGGAUAUAGGUUUCACUUUAGAAGGAGAAAACCCUAAAAGCAAAGCAAACGCUUUGUCGAUUUUAUUUUUCGGAUGGCUCUUACCAAUAAUAAAACGUGGUAUCAACCAUAGUUUGAGCAUAAAAGAUUUAUGUCAAAUAUUAGACAAGGAUAAAUCAGAGGAUUUAGCUGAUAAUCUUGAAGAAUAUUGGGAAAAUGAACUAUGCAGAGCGAAAGAGAAAAAGUGCAAACCGAGUUUAUUGAAACCGUUGAUGAAACUAUUCAGUUGUGAGUUUCUUUUGUACGGAAUCCUUUGGUUUUACGCUAAUGUCAUACUAAUAUCAUUGAAACCGAUAUUUUUAGCGCAAUUAAUAAUAUUGUUCAAUAAAGAAAAAUCACCAACUAGAAACGUGAAUAUGUAUCUAUAUAGUACUGGGUUAAUUCUAGUUUCGAUUGUUAGUGUUUUUUGUAUACAUCACACAAAUUUUGCCAUGCAGGCAAUAGGAAUGAGGAUCAGGACAUCGACAUCGUCCUUAAUUUACAGAAAGAUAACAAGAUUGAAUCAAAAAGCUUUGGGUCAAACAGCAGCUGGUAAAAUCGUCAAUCUACUAUCGAAUGACGUGAAUCGUUUCGAUUUAGUCUUACCGACUCUUCAUACCGUAUGGGUGAUGCCCUUCCAACUCAUAGUACUGCUUCUGAUCGUCUGGAAUCAAGUCGGCGUAUCAUCAUUAGUGGGAAUCGUCUCCAUGGUAUUAUUAACAAUCCCCAUACAAGGUUUCUUAACGAAAUACGUGGGAAGAUUGAGAACAAGCAUUUCCAAAAAAACUGAUAACAGAGUCAAAUUAAUGAGCGAAAUAAUAUCCGGAAUACAAGUGAUCAAAAUGUACGCUUGGGAAAACGCGUUCGAAAAACUAAUUAGAGUCGUUAGAGCCGUCGAAAUGAAAGUCGUCACUUCGGCAUCGUAUCUACGAGGGGUGUACAGUGGUUGUACAUUAUUCGUCGACAAACUAGCCGUUUAUUUCACUCUCGUUUGUUAUAUUUGCCUCGGAAAUUACAUAUCGGCCGAAAAAGUAUUCACGGUCGCUCAAACCUACAACGUACUCAGAGUUGUGAUGGGGUACGGUUAUCCAUUAGCGGUAAGCAUCGGCGCCGAAUCUUGGAUAUCGAUAAAACGUUUACAAGAAUUUUUACUCAUGGAAGAACGCGCAGAAGACGUUACAGAAGAUGCGGACACUAACGGUGUCGUACUAUCCAACGUUUACGCUUCUUGGACGGAUACGGGAAAUACUUUAAGAGAUAUUAAUAUAAAUGUCAGAUCUGGUACGCUUUGCGCAAUCGUCGGACCGGUCGGUGCGGGGAAAAGCUCCAUUUUACAGCUUCUGCUUGGAGAAUUACCUACGAAAUGCGGUAGGAUUCAAAUAGGAGGAGACGUAUCGUACAGUUCUCAAGAACCAUGGUUGUUUCAAUCGACUGUUCGUAAUAAUAUACUGUUCGGUCAAAGAUACGAAAGAAAAAGAUACAAGAAAAUUGUUAAAGUGUGCGCUUUGGAGAAGGAUUUCGAGCAGUUUCCCCACGGCGACAGGACUAUUGUUGGAGAAAAAGGAGUGUCUUUGAGCGGAGGACAAAGAGCAAGGAUUAACCUAGCCAGAGCUGUUUAUAGACAAGCGGAUAUUUAUUUAUUAGACGAUCCUUUAUCGGCCGUCGAUACCCAAGUCGGUAAACAAUUAUUCGAUCAAUGUAUACAUCAUUAUUUACAACAAAAAACGAGAAUUUUAGUUACACAUCAAUUGCAAUAUUUGAAGAAAGCCGAUUUAAUAGUCGUCGUUAAUAAUGGUGUAAUCGAAGCUCAAGGUAGUUUCGACGAACUUCUGGAAAACACGACGGAAUUUGCGAAACUUUUAGUUUCCGCCGAUGAAACCGAUCUCAAACAAGAUUAUAUCAUCGAUUCGGAAAGCGAAGUAUCUGAUAUUAGUAGAAGGCAUUCCACAACGGUGUCGAUGAGGAAAAAAUCCGAUUCGUCACAUACAGAUCUCACCGGAAUGUCAAUGUCGUGGAGUGAUUUAUCUGACUGCUUCGACGUGGCGGAAAAUAACCAAUUCGACGAUGAAGAAUCCGGUAAUGAUCCAAAUGCAAAACCUUUCAAAAAUUAUAUACUAUCCGUUCGUAAUAGCUGCGUUUUGAUAUCUCUAUUUUUAUUGUUGAUUGUAUCGCAAGGAUUAACCACCACCACAGAUCAAUGGGUUACUUAUUGGUCUAACGAAGAGCAAAUGCGUCAUUUACCUGGUUCUUUCGUGGUACUAGGCCCGCCAAACGAAAAAGCGAUCGAACCGUAUUAUCUGAACAUCACGGGAGGUUUUAAUACGGAUCAAACGCCGCCCCCUUUGUACAGAUACGAUUCCAAGGGGAUAUACGAUUCGGUUUUGGUCCACGGGAAACUACAGUUCUUGAUUAAAACAACCAGCGCUAUUUAUCUGUAUACGGCCCUGAUAAUAUCGUCGAUAAUAUUCAUUAUGAGCCGGACUUUUUUGUUUUUCAAAGCUUGUAUGAUGUCUUCGAUGAAUUUACAUUCCGAGAUGUUUAAUUCGUUAUUGAAAGCUCCGAUGAGGUUUUUCGAUACAAAUCCGAGCGGCAGGAUACUAAAUAGGUUUUCAAAGGAUAUGGGAGCUAUAGACGAAGUCCUACCGAGGGCUCUACAUGACGCCGUGGCGUUGCUUUUAUUAGUGGCUGGUAUAUUGGUGAAUAUAGCAGUUUCGAGUCCUGUUAUGGUUAUUGCUAUAGUUAUUUUGGGAAUAGUAUUCAUAAAAUUCAAUUCGUGGUAUAUUUUGACGGCUAAAGUUUUGAAACACGUCGAAGGAAUAGCAAAAUCUCCUGUUUUUUCUCAUGUGAAUUCCACUUUGAACGGAAUGGCUACGAUAAGAGCUUGCAAAGCUGAGGAAAUGCUUAGAGAAGAAUUCGAUCAUCAUCAGGAUGUCCACACUUCCGCAUGGUACUUAACAAUAGCUUGCAUAAACUGUUUCGGUUUGUGGUUGGAUCUGAUAGCAAUCGUAUUUCUAGCCGUAGUAACCUAUGGAUUAGUCAUUUUAGAUGUUUAUUCUAAUGUUAACGGUAGUUUAGCCGGUCUAGCCAUAUCCCAAUGCAUGGCGCUAACCGGUAUGUUACAAUAUGGUAUGAGACAGACCGCGGAGGUUAUCAAUCAAAUGACAAGCGUGGAAAGGAUACUCCAAUACACCAAAUUAGACCAAGAAGGUCCUUUCGAAAGUCCAAAAGGUAAAAGUCCUAAAGAAAAUUGGCCCAGAAGAGGUCGAAUCGAGUUUCGAAAUCUGUCGUUGAAGUAUGUGGAAAAUGAACCUCCCGUUCUGAAUAAUUUGAAUUUCUUCGCGAUGCCAGGUGAAAAGAUUGGUAUAGUUGGUAGAACUGGUGCUGGUAAAUCGUCCCUAACGGCAGCUCUAUUCCGAUUAACUACUAUAGAAGGAAGCAUAUUUAUCGAUGGGGUUGAUACCACUAAAUUAGGCCUGACCGAUUUGAGGAAAAGAAUUUCCAUAAUCCCCCAAGAACCGGUUCUGUUUUCGGAAAGUUUGAGAUACAAUUUAGAUCCGUUGGGUGAAUAUGAUGAUAGACAAAUUUGGGACGUGUUAGAGCAGGUAGAAAUGAAAGACGUAGUAAAUUCGUUGGAUUUCAAGGUGGCGGAAGGCGGUAGCAAUUUCAGUUUGGGCCAAAGACAAUUGUUAUGUUUAGCAAGGGCUAUUUUGAAAAAUAAUAAAAUUUUAAUACUGGACGAAGCUACUGCUAACGUGGAUCAUAGAACGGACGCGCUUAUCCAACUAACCAUACGUAAAAGAUUCAAGAACUGUACGGUUCUUACCAUCGCGCACAGAUUGAACACCAUCAUGGAUUCCGAUAAAGUUCUGGUGAUGAGUUACGGUAAUAUAGUAGAAUUCGACCAUCCCCAUAAACUUCUACAAACUCCCGAUGGUCAUUUCCAUAAUUUGGUAUCGGAAACGGGACCCUCCAUGUCGGCGCAAUUGAAAAAUGUGGCCAAAAUGGCGUACGAUAAUAAAUAAUUUACAUAACCGUAAAUGUUUUUUUUUUUUUGAACAUUUGAAAUUUAAUCAAGGAAUAUACGUUUCUAACUUAGGUAAUCAGAUUAACAAAGUUUCUUAAUAGAAAUCCGCAUUUUCAUGUAAAUCCCUGCAUUUUGGCUGAACAACACGUGCAUUUUAUGGUGCAGUUAGAUAAUUACGUGGUCCGAGAAGUUUUGAAAUGAAUUCCAUUAUUAUUUAUAUCCUAAUUAAAUAUUUAAACAGUA